GGUGCAGUGCUCUCAUAGAGGGUGGGGUACCCAUAAUUGUAAUCACCAGGAAGAUGCCAGUGUCAUCUGCUCAGAAAUCUCACUGAGACUAGAGAAUGGAAGCAAUAAAUGUGAAGGCCGUGUUGAAAUUUAUAACCAGGGACAGUGGGGAACGGUCUGUGAUGACUCGUGGGAUAUGAACAAUGCUCAGGUGGUGUGCAGCCAGCUUGGAUGUGGCCCGGCCAUUUCAGCCCCAGGAAGAGCCCGCUACGGCCAGGGCUCUGGAAAUAUUCUCCUGGAUGAUGUGCGGUGCAAUGGGAAUGAAUCCUCUUUGGUGCAGUGCUCUCAUAGAGGGUGGGGUACCCAUAAUUGUAAUCACCAGGAAGAUGCCAGUGUCAUCUGCUCAGAAAUCUCACUGAGACUAGAGAAUGGAAGCAAUAAAUGUGAAGGCCGUGUUGAAAUUUAUAACCAGGGACAGUGGGGAACGGUCUGUGAUGACUCGUGGGAUAUGAACAAUGCUCAGGUGGUGUGCAGCCAGCUUGGAUGUGGCCCGGCCAUUUCAGCCCCAGGAAGAGCCCGCUACGGCCAGGGCUCUGGAAAUAUUCUCCUGGAUGAUGUGCGGUGCAAUGGGAAUGAAUCCUCUUUGGUGCAGUGCUCUCAUAGAGGGUGGGGUACCCAUAAUUGUAAUCACCAGGAAGAUGCCAGUGUCAUCUGCUCAGAAAUCUCACUGAGACUAGAGAAUGGAAGCAAUAAAUGUGAAGGCCGUGUUGAAAUUUAUAACCAGGGACAGUGGGGAACGGUCUGUGAUGACUCGUGGGAUAUGAACAAUGCUCAGGUGGUGUGCAGCCAGCUUGGAUGUGGCCCGGCCAUUUCAGCCCCAGGAAGAGCCCGCUACGGCCAGGGCUCUGGAAAUAUUCUCCUGGAUGAUGUGCGGUGCAAUGGGAAUGAAUCCUCUUUGGUGCAGUGCUCUCAUAGAGGGUGGGGUACCCAUAAUUGUAAUCACCAGGAAGAUGCCAGUGUCAUCUGCUCAGAAAUCUCACUGAGACUAGAGAAUGGAAGCAAUAAAUGUGAAGGCCGUGUUGAAAUUUAUAACCAGGGACAGUGGGGAACGGUCUGUGAUGACUCGUGGGAUAUGAACAAUGCUCAGGUGGUGUGCAGCCAGCUUGGAUGUGGCCCGGCCAUUUCAGCCCCAGGAAGAGCCCGCUACGGCCAGGGCUCUGGAAAUAUUCUCCUGGAUGAUGUGCGGUGCAAUGGGAAUGAAUCCUCUUUGGUGCAGUGCUCUCAUAGAGGGUGGGGUACCCAUAAUUGUAAUCACCAGGAAGAUGCCAGUGUCAUCUGCUCAGAAAUCUCACUGAGACUAGAGAAUGGAAGCAAUAAAUGUGAAGGCCGUGUUGAAAUUUAUAACCAGGGACAGUGGGGAACGGUCUGUGAUGACUCGUGGGAUAUGAACAAUGCUCAGGUGGUGUGCAGCCAGCUUGGAUGUGGCCCGGCCAUUUCAGCCCCAGGAAGAGCCCGCUACGGCCAGGGCUCUGGAAAUAUUCUCCUGGAUGAUGUGCGGUGCAAUGGGAAUGAAUCCUCUUUGGUGCAGUGCUCUCAUAGAGGGUGGGGUACCCAUAAUUGUAAUCACCAGGAAGAUGCCAGUGUCAUCUGCUCAGAAAUCUCACUGAGACUAGAGAAUGGAAGCAAUAAAUGUGAAGGCCGUGUUGAAAUUUAUAACCAGGGACAGUGGGGAACGGUCUGUGAUGACUCGUGGGAUAUGAACAAUGCUCAGGUGGUGUGCAGCCAGCUUGGAUGUGGCCCGGCCAUUUCAGCCCCAGGAAGAGCCCGCUACGGCCAGGGCUCUGGAAAUAUUCUCCUGGAUGAUGUGCGGUGCAAUGGGAAUGAAUCCUCUUUGGUGCAGUGCUCUCAUAGAGGGUGGGGUACCCAUAAUUGUAAUCACCAGGAAGAUGCCAGUGUCAUCUGCUCAGAAAUCUCACUGAGACUAGAGAAUGGAAGCAAUAAAUGUGAAGGCCGUGUUGAAAUUUAUAACCAGGGACAGUGGGGAACGGUCUGUGAUGACUCGUGGGAUAUGAACAAUGCUCAGGUGGUGUGCAGCCAGCUUGGAUGUGGCCCGGCCAUUUCAGCCCCAGGAAGAGCCCGCUACGGCCAGGGCUCUGGAAAUAUUCUCCUGGAUGAUGUGCGGUGCAAUGGGAAUGAAUCCUCUUUGGUGCAGUGCUCUCAUAGAGGGUGGGGUACCCAUAAUUGUAAUCACCAGGAAGAUGCCAGUGUCAUCUGCUCAGAAAUCUCACUGAGACUAGAGAAUGGAAGCAAUAAAUGUGAAGGCCGUGUUGAAAUUUAUAACCAGGGACAGUGGGGAACGGUCUGUGAUGACUCGUGGGAUAUGAACAAUGCUCAGGUGGUGUGCAGCCAGCUUGGAUGUGGCCCGGCCAUUUCAGCCCCAGGAAGAGCCCGCUACGGCCAGGGCUCUGGAAAUAUUCUCCUGGAUGAUGUGCGGUGCAAUGGGAAUGAAUCCUCUUUGGUGCAGUGCUCUCAUAGAGGGUGGGGUACCCAUAAUUGUAAUCACCAGGAAGAUGCCAGUGUCAUCUGCUCAGAAAUCUCACUGAGACUAGAGAAUGGAAGCAAUAAAUGUGAAGGCCGUGUUGAAAUUUAUAACCAGGGACAGUGGGGAACGGUCUGUGAUGACUCGUGGGAUAUGAACAAUGCUCAGGUGGUGUGCAGCCAGCUUGGAUGUGGCCCGGCCAUUUCAGCCCCAGGAAGAGCCCGCUACGGCCAGGGCUCUGGAAAUAUUCUCCUGGAUGAUGUGCGGUGCAAUGGGAAUGAAUCCUCUUUGGUGCAGUGCUCUCAUAGAGGGUGGGGUACCCAUAAUUGUAAUCACCAGGAAGAUGCCAGUGUCAUCUGCUCAGAAAUCUCACUGAGACUAGAGAAUGGAAGCAAUAAAUGUGAAGGCCGUGUUGAAAUUUAUAACCAGGGACAGUGGGGAACGGUCUGUGAUGACUCGUGGGAUAUGAACAAUGCUCAGGUGGUGUGCAGCCAGCUUGGAUGUGGCCCGGCCAUUUCAGCCCCAGGAAGAGCCCGCUACGGCCAGGGCUCUGGAAAUAUUCUCCUGGAUGAUGUGCGGUGCAAUGGGAAUGAAUCCUCUUUGGUGCAGUGCUCUCAUAGAGGGUGGGGUACCCAUAAUUGUAAUCACCAGGAAGAUGCCAGUGUCAUCUGCUCAGAAAUCUCACUGAGACUAGAGAAUGGAAGCAAUAAAUGUGAAGGCCGUGUUGAAAUUUAUAACCAGGGACAGUGGGGAACGGUCUGUGAUGACUCGUGGGAUAUGAACAAUGCUCAGGUGGUGUGCAGCCAGCUUGGAUGUGGCCCGGCCAUUUCAGCCCCAGGAAGAGCCCGCUACGGCCAGGGCUCUGGAAAUAUUCUCCUGGAUGAUGUGCGGUGCAAUGGGAAUGAAUCCUCUUUGGUGCAGUGCUCUCAUAGAGGGUGGGGUACCCAUAAUUGUAAUCACCAGGAAGAUGCCAGUGUCAUCUGCUCAGAAAUCUCACUGAGACUAGAGAAUGGAAGCAAUAAAUGUGAAGGCCGUGUUGAAAUUUAUAACCAGGGACAGUGGGGAACGGUCUGUGAUGACUCGUGGGAUAUGAACAAUGCUCAGGUGGUGUGCAGCCAGCUUGGAUGUGGCCCGGCCAUUUCAGCCCCAGGAAGAGCCCGCUACGGCCAGGGCUCUGGAAAUAUUCUCCUGGAUGAUGUGCGGUGCAAUGGGAAUGAAUCCUCUUUGGUGCAGUGCUCUCAUAGAGGGUGGGGUACCCAUAAUUGUAAUCACCAGGAAGAUGCCAGUGUCAUCUGCUCAGAAAUCUCACUGAGACUAGAGAAUGGAAGCAAUAAAUGUGAAGGCCGUGUUGAAAUUUAUAACCAGGGACAGUGGGGAACGGUCUGUGAUGACUCGUGGGAUAUGAACAAUGCUCAGGUGGUGUGCAGCCAGCUUGGAUGUGGCCCGGCCAUUUCAGCCCCAGGAAGAGCCCGCUACGGCCAGGGCUCUGGAAAUAUUCUCCUGGAUGAUGUGCGGUGCAAUGGGAAUGAAUCCUCUUUGGUGCAGUGCUCUCAUAGAGGGUGGGGUACCCAUAAUUGUAAUCACCAGGAAGAUGCCAGUGUCAUCUGCUCAGAAAUCUCACUGAGACUAGAGAAUGGAAGCAAUAAAUGUGAAGGCCGUGUUGAAAUUUAUUACCAGGGACAGUGGGGAACAGUCUGUGAUGACUCUUGGGAUAUGAACAAUGCUGAGGUGGUGUGCAGGCAGCUUGGAUGUGGCCCUGCCAUUUCAGCCCCAAGAAGCGCCCGCUAUGGUCAAGGAUCAGGAAAUAUUCUCCUGGAUGAUGUGCGGUGCAAUGGGAAUGAAUCCUAUUUGAUGCAGUGCUUUCACCUUGGACGAGGCACCCAUAACUGUGUCCACUGGGAAGAUGCCAGCGUCAUCUGUUCAGAAUCUACUGGAACUGGUCAUUAUAAUCCAGAGUAACAUCAUUAACUUGAUUGAUAACAUGAAUUUUGCUGAAGAUUUUGAAGAUCACCGAAGGAUCACUGAUGCUACAUGACUUGCUUAAUUGAUUAUUAAGUGAAUAUUAUUCAGAGUUUCAUUAUUACAGAGUAAAUCCUAAAUUCUUCAUUCCCAGGGGGACUUGUGCCUGAGUAAAGACUUCAAGUUUUAUGCAGAAGCUUAUGUGGUUUUCCCUUCUUCCUUGUUUUACUUUAGAAAGGGCAGUGUUUGUUUUUAGAUCUGAAUUAUAGGGCCUUAAUCUUCACUCAUUGACCUAGUGUAGAUUAGGAAUGACACCAGUGAAAUCAAUCACAAAUCAAGUCUAGGGAAUUCAUGUCUCCUUUUCAAGGACCCCUGGGAUUUGAGGUACUGAUUACUAAUUUGUUCUUUGCUCAUUUAUGUGCUACUUCUACUGCUAAAUGGUUUAUCUUUAAAACUUGAUUUUUUUUGAUAAAACAUUGAUCACUCCUACAGAACAAAUGACUAGGUAAUAAAUCUCUCCACCCUCCCAUGCCAGUACAAAACUUUCAGGAAUUUAAGAUUUUAAUCCAAAUCAAGAUUUCACACCUGGCCUCUACAUCUAAACAAAGCUCUCAUAGUUUUCUUUAGGUAAAGAUUAUAUCUAGGUUCAUAUUAAGAUAUAAUAAUCUGUAGUCCUACCACAUUGAUUAUUCCAAUGUCAGAAAGAAAUAAAGGAUGCUUAAAUGGUGUAAUAUGUGCUGAAGCUCACUCUCCUACACCACUUGCAUUUACUGGUUAUGGUAUAAGGCCUGGUAUACUGCCUCUUGUUCGAAUGCUGGGUUUUUGGUUGUAGAUGUAUUGGUCUACAUGGUCUUGGUCUUGUUUGAAUGGUAACUCUUAAAGAGUUCAACACAAUUUAGCAAAUAAGAUUUUAUGUAACUCACCUAAGACUAUAUACUGAGAUCACAAGGAUUCAUUGAAUGCAGGAAAAGCCUCUUUAUUAAAAGUACACCAUUGUUCAGGUAAAUAUUAGAGGAGAAAAAGAGCAGGAACUUACCUCAUGCCAAUAUAAACAAGCUAUAUUGAUAGAAAAUCUUACUUCAUCAGGUUUGUUCAGUAACC